GAGUCAGAACCCUCCAGCUGAAAUUGGGUCUAGAAACAGGUGUGAAGAGGUGACUCAACACACAAUUUGGGAAAAGAGAACUUUCCAUAUGGAGGUGGUCAGGAAGGGAGGGAGGGGAAACUGACCAGAGGCAGGCCCCACUAGUCCAUGUACUUGUACAGAUUAGCCAGAGGUCCAUCUUCCUCUGAGCACAUGCAGCCCAUCGCUGGGACCCACUCACUCCCUAGGUCAGGACCAGGUGUACAGGGCACAACCCAUGUGGCCAUACAUGCAGGUCCUGACAAAGUGCGUGGAGCCCUGGAGUUGGAGCCCCACAAACAAGGCAGCCACCCAGCUGUGGACAAGGAGCUGGAAGGCCCUCCGCCCAGCUUGGUGGACUUUCGACUUGAAGUGGGGAGGAAGGAAACCAAGAAGGCAGUCCUGGGAGCAGGGAGCCCAGGGGUGCAGCCGGAGGCCCGAGAUGGUAAGCGAGGGUCUGCCAAGUUUCUUUCCCAGGACCAAAUUAAUGAGUACAAGGAAUGCUUCUCCCUGUAUGACAAGCAGCAGCGGGGGAAGGUGAAAGCCACAGACCUCAUAGUGGUGAUGAGGUGCCUGGGGGCCAGCCCGACACCGGGGGAGGUGCAGCGGCACCUGCAGACUCACGGAAUAGACAGAAACGGAGAGCUGGAUUUCUCCACCUUCCUGACUAUUAUGCACAUGCAAAUAAAACAAGAGGACCCGAAGAAAGAAAUUCUUCUGGCCAUGUUGAUGGCAGACAAGGAGAAGAAAGGCUACAUCAUGGCGUCCGAGCUGCGGUCAAAACUCAUGAGACUAGGGGAGAAGCUCACCCACAAGGAAGUGGAUGAUCUUUUCAGAGAAGCAAAUAUCGAACCAAAUGGCAAAGUGAAGUAUGAUGAAUUUAUCCACAAGAUCGCCAUUCCAGUGCCCGACUACUGAAUGAAGAGAGUACAAGGGAGCUUCCCUUGGGCCUGACAGAUCGGACAGAUGAAUUUUUAAAAAGAAAAGUGUUCCUUUCACUCUAGGGAGACAGUACAGUGGCAAGUGAUGCUACCUGACUGUAGGAGAGGGUAACUUAACAAUGAAAAUAAUGAUUUUGGCCAUGGUAUCAGCAUACUUUAAUAAAAGAUUUUUGUUAAUUUUAAUAACUGCCAUUAGUCCAGCCCUUUACAGCACAGGAAGAGGCUGUGGUUUGGAGACUGGCCUGGGUUCCAAUCCUGACUCUGCCAUUUCCCAGCUGACUUUGGGCCAAUCAUUUCACCCCUCAAAGCCUCAGGAUCUUCACUGAAGUUAGAUUCCUGUUUCUUACCUCAUGGAGCCUGUUGAGAAUGGUCUGAGUCAAUGACUUGAAAAUGUCUUUGCAAACUGUAGAGCACUGUGCAAUCCUGGGUUACCAUGGUAGUCCUUCUGCUAAGGAGGGCAAUCAACCAAAAGGCCAUGUUCUAUAUUUGGGUGCGGGCACCAUCUUCCACAUUUCCCACACAAAACCAGUGCUAGCUGAGAAAUAGCAACA